AUAGAUCUCUUCUUGUUUGUGACUGUUUUGAUUGAUGAAGAUGGCGUCCAGCGAACAAGUAGGUCUCAAAACUUGGGAAUUAUCACUUUAUGAACUACACCGUACUCCUCAAGAUGCAAUUACUGACAAUACUGAAAUUGCUGUAUCUCCAAGAAGUUUACACAGUGAGUUGAUGUGCCCUAUUUGUCUGGAUAUGUUGAAGAAAACUAUGACAACAAAAGAAUGUUUACAUAGGUUUUGUUCGGAUUGUAUUAUAACUGCCCUUCGAUCUGGUAAUAAAGAAUGCCCAACUUGUCGUAAAAAGUUAGUAUCCAAAAGAUGUCUUCGACCUGAUCCAAAUUAUGAUCUAGUAAUAUCUAAAAUAUACCCCAGCCGCGAAGAAUAUGAAGCACAUCAGGUUAGAGUACUGGAGAAAAUUAGCAAGAACCAAAGUCAAGCCGCUCUUAUGAGCUCUAUCAAUGAGGGUAUUAAACUACAGAAUCAAAACAGACUGAUACGAGCUAAGAAGAAUGUCAGUGAAAAUGAUUCACAACCAAACGUCAACAAUAACGAUUCUAAUAGUGCUGUAUUGAAUGCUACAAUUGAUCAGAACUCAAAUGCUUCCACCAAAUCAGCUAUUCAGCAGGCCAUUCAAAACUCAGACUCCCAGCAAUCAAUUGAAACAGCUCAGCCAUCAAUGCAAUCUACAUCGGUUGCUUUAUCUCAGCAAGUUCCAAAGAAACCCAAAUCAAUAGUCACAUCAGAAAAUGAAUCAGGGGACUCAAGUGUUGAAGCGUCUGGUGGUCAGGACUCUGUUACUGAAGGCGAAGGACCGUCUGAGUCUAUGGUUUUAGACGAAAUUGAACUGAUAUUCAUGCCGCAUCCAACAGAAAUGGGCACAGACAAUGCCUUGAUGAAAGCUUUGAAGGAUAACACUAUACGGUAUCUGAAGACCACGGCCAAUGCUACAGUGGACCAUCUGAGCAAGUACCUGGCAACAAGGCUGGCGCUCGAUCUAGGCUCGGAGAUCUCAGACCGAAGUUUGAACUUCUGCAUAUUCGUGGCACCCACUCCCGGGCAAUUCAUGGCACUGAGUGGAAACCAGACCCUUCGACAGGUCAACGACAGGUUCUGGAAACUCAACAAACCUCUCGAGAUGUUUUACUCGUGCAAGAAGACGUGAGGACUCGACUGAUAUUUGCACAAAUUACGUUCGAAAAAACUCGGUGAAUCAAAGACAUCUUGCAGCACUCGUAAGUGAUGGUGGCUGGAUUGUGAAUAUUGUACAAUUUUUUAUAGUGUUUAUAUAUGUAACUGGUAGUUUUAAUGUAUUUGAUACGUGAGUCAACCCUAAUAGAUGUUGAAUAAUUGUAUAUAGAUUUACUUUUUGUGUAGUUGAGAAGUUGAUAUUGUGGUAAUUAUUCAUAUUGAAUGAAAAAGACUAAGAAAAAGAGACCGGUUUCGGUUAUUACACCGAAUUUCUAUCAGUUCAUCAAGUUUAUCAGUUUAUCAGAGAUUGACAAUGGUGUAAUAACCGAAACCGGUCUUUCUAAUUAUCAAUAAAUCAGUGGUUUUUAGACAAUUUCUUAGUCUUUUUCAUUCAGUAUAUAGAUUUUAUGAUACCCAGUUCAGGAUAAUUUUUUGUUCUAUGUUAACUUACUUGCUUCUAAAUAUUUUCUAGUCUCAAGAAUGAACAAAAUCUUUAUUUUGAUAGUGUUACCUCCUUCAAGUUUGCAAUAUCAUUGGUUAAAGAAAAACCAUUCAACUUAGUACCGCAAUCAAUUAAUUGAAAAUCAAAUUUGCGAAAAAUGUAGCCUGCUUUUAUUUUUUUUUGUAGACAGAGUUCAGGAUUGAAAAUUUUUGAAUGGAGAGAUAUUUAUUCAUCAGUGACAUACGCACAUGAUCAUAGAAUGAUUGUGAAAAUGAAAAUAAGCAGGCUCAGCCCUAUUAUCUAUGAUUAUAAUAUCAUCUACCAAACUGAUUUUAUGAAUGGAGAGAAUUUAUUCAUCAGUGACAUACGCACAUGAUCAUAGAAUGAUUGUGAAAAUGAAAAUAAGCAGGCUCAGCCCUACUAUCUAUGAUAUAAUAUCAUCUACCAAACUGAUUUUAUGAAUGGAGAGAUAUUUAUUCAUCAGUGACAUACGCACAUGAUCAUAGAAUGAUUGGAAAUGAAAAUAAGCUGGCUCCGCCCUCACUAUCUAUGAUAUAAUAUCAUCUACCAAACUGAUUUUAUGGUAAAAAUCCUCAUGAAAUAUGCGUAUCUAUCCAGUUUUCUGUGUAUCCUAUUUUAUUAUAAAUCGUUUUUGUAAAGUAGACAUACAUUAAGUUAUCUCUAUGUUGCACAUCACUUCAGUUUUAGUCCUAGAAAAUAACCGGUGAAAUUGAUUUCGUUAUAAACUUUAUCGUUGCUUGACAAAGAAUAGAAAAUAAUCAAGAAUUAUAUAGUUUGAUUCAAUCAAGACGAAAUUAUGGUUUUGCAAUAUACUAGUGGUGUUUGUUAGUAAUUUAUUCAUUAUUAUUAUUUGAGACAACAGGUAACACCAUUUUAUCUCCUUCACAAAUAGCCUACAGUACAUCAGAAAAUUUAAUACUAGAAAAAAAAACAAGAUGUUUUUUUCAUGUGUCAAUAAAGGUGCGUACAGAUAGACGCGCCGCGAACAUGACCAAUUCACUUUUAAUCAGCUGAUUAAAAGUGAAUUGCUCAUGUUCGCGGCGCGUAUAUCUGUACACACCUUAAGACUCAAUAGCUGACUAGGAAAAUUGAAUAUUAUGCUUUACUUGAUCCAGUUACAAAUAGCUCUUCCAAUUUCUAGUCUCAUCUUUGAUAAUAUAGUGACCAUGUUAUUACAAAAUAAUUUCAGAUCUAUUGAAUUUUUCUAUAAUUGAAUCUUCUUAAAAAAACUCAAUCAAGUGUUGUUAUAUGCUUUGCUAAUUAAGUUUCAUUCAUAGAAUGAUAAUCAAGGUAUUGUGAUUAAUAAUCCCAUCCACAUCUGGACAUUAAUUUUGUAUGUAGUAUGCUUCUGUUGUUCAUCAACUUUCAAUUCUUAUUUGUGGAAACCUUAGACUUUCAUCUAAUAAGUUCUAUCUUCAACGAUGAUAGGAAUGAUAAAAAUGGAAAGGGUAAUUAUUAGGUUGGAAUCUCCUUUUUACAUGAGAAAGAGAGUCAAUAGGAAAAUUUUGUAGGUGGAGGCGAAAAUAUAAUAAAUUCAUCACAUAAUGUGGCUUUGAGGCAUAUGCAGGGUUAUUUUUGGUUUUCUUGUUUCCGUUAAAGUUAUUUUGUAUUAAAAUAAAAAUGCAUAUCUUUCAUAAUAGUCAGUGUUAAUAACGUCUUCAAUGUGUAUAUCGCGUGAUUGUUUCAUUGUGUUAUAAAAUACAGUAUAGCAGAGAAUGUAUUUAGUUGGAAAAUAUACUGUCGUUUUUUACGCUUUGUAAAUAUACUAUGUAAUUAAUAUGAAUGAAUUAAAUUAUUUUCUAAUAUGA